CAGCCCGUGUUGAGUGCAAACAGUUCGAGUCGAACCCGCAAAGUGAACAGAACGUCGAAGACCCAAGAGUCAGAGGCGCCAAAAAUAAAAUCCAGUGAAAAAGUGAAUUAGCAAAUCCAACCCAAAACCAAAAAUAAUGGCCGCCAUUAAGGACAGUCUGUUGGCCCAGGUCGCCGAGGUGCUGCCCAGCUCCGGGCACAAGGUCACCGUGGUGGGCAUCGGGCAGGUGGGCAUGGCCAGCGCCUUCAGCAUCCUGGCUCAGAACGUCUCCAAGGAGGUCUGCCUCAUCGAUGUGUGCCAGGACAAGCUCCAGGGCGAGCUGAUGGAUCUGCAGCACGGCUCCAACUUCCUGAAGAACCCCCAGAUCACCGCCAGCACCGACUUUGCCGCCUCGGCCAACUCCAGGCUGUGCAUUGUGACCGCCGGUGUGCGCCAGAAGGAGGGCGAGUCCCGCCUGUCCCUGGUCCAGCGCAACACCGACAUCCUCAAGAACAUCAUCCCCAAGCUGGUGGAGUACAGUCCCGAUACCAUCUUGCUGAUGGUGUCCAACCCUGUGGACAUCAUGACCUACGUGGCCUGGAAGCUGUCCGGCCUGCCCAAGAACCGUGUCAUUGGAAGCGGCACCAACCUCGAUUCGUCCCGCUUCCGCUUCCUGAUGUCGCAGCGCCUGGGCGUGGCCCCCACCUCCUGCCACGGCUGGAUCAUCGGCGAGCACGGCGACAGCUCCGUGCCCGUCUGGUCCGGUGUUAACAUUGCUGGCGUCCGUCUGCGCGAGCUGAACCCCACCCUGGGAACUGGCGAGGAUCCAGAGAAGUGGAACGAGCUCCACAAGCAGGUGGUGGACUCCGCCUACGAGGUUAUCAAGCUAAAGGGCUACACCUCCUGGGCCAUCGGCCUCAGCACUGCCUCCCUGGCCUCGGCCAUCUUGCGCAACACUAGCAGCGUUGCCGCCGUCUCCACCUCGGUUUUGGGUGAACACGGCAUUGACAAGGACGUGUUCCUGUCCCUGCCCUGCAUCCUGAAUGCCAACGGUGUGACCUCCGUGGUCAAGCAGAUCCUGACCCCCACUGAGAUCGAGCAGCUGCAGAAAUCGGCCACCAUCAUGGCCGACGUCCAGGCCGGACUCAAGUUCUAAGUUCAACACUCCUACCUAAAACAAUGCAUUCGCAGCAUAAAAUUAUUACAAAAGUAAACACGCUAGCCAUCGUCUAGGAAUGCUAAUUUUAGUCCAAUUCGGAGCCACGGGGGAGCUGAAUCCAGUGAAGAAAUGCCACUGACAGAGCAUCAAGUAUUUCUGACACCAAUGUUUAUUUUUAGUAUCACUUCUCAAUUAUUUAUUAUUUUUAUGGAUUAGUUUUGUGUGUCCACACGAAUAAACUGUUUAAACUUUAAGUUAAAA